UAAAAAAUAGGUUUCCACGUGAAGCAGUGGGAACAUGGCGACAAUACAAGAGGCAGAGGUCCAGUUUGCUCAACGACUGGCCUCCAACGACAAGCCCACCCGGACCAAGGCUUUAAAGAAGCUGAGGAAAUACAUCAGCGUCAGGUCACAGAAUGGCAAAGGGGGAUUCACUGGAGAUGAGCUGCUCAAACUGUGGAAGGGUCUCUUCUACUGCCUCUGGAUGCAGGACAAGCCUCUCCUCCAGGAGGAGCUGUCAAAGCAGAUCUCCGGUCUUCUCCACAGCUUCCAGAGUGUUGACAGCCAGCUCUUGUAUGUGGAAAGUUUCCUGCAGACUUUCAAAAGAGAGUGGACUGGAAUUGACAGGCUGCGGAUGGACAAAUUUUUCCAGCUGGUUCGCUUCAUGUUCAGACAAACGUUUGAGAUGCUGAGGAGGAAACAGUGGGACAGCAGCGUGGUGUCCAGGUUUCUGGAGCUGCUGACAGCUCAGGUCCUUCAGAGCGGCAGUGCGGCCCCCAUGGGGCUGCAGUACCACAUCCUGGACCUUUACAUGACGGAGCUGGCCGCUGUGGGCUCAGCCGAGCUCACCGCUGAUCAGAACUUGGUGUUCAUUGAUCCAUUUUGCAAAACAGCAGCCAAAACCAAGGAUCAGACCCUGUUGAGGGCCAUCUGCAGCAGCAUCUUCAGCACCAUUAUCGACCAGGCUCCCUUCGCUAUUGAAGACCUGAUGAAGGAGCUGAAAGCGGCAGACGCCUCCGACUCCGACUCAGGACAGGCUUCUGAAGAAGAGGAGGAGCCGAAAGCUGUCAGCAAGAAGACGACAGGGAAGCAGAUGAAUGGUACUAAUUCAGAUGAGGAGGACGACCUUCUUCACCUGGAAGACUCAGACACAGAGCUAGCAGACGACGGGGAGAUCGGACCAGUCCUGCAGUUUGACUUCGCCAGUCUGGCCGACAAGCUAUUUGAGUUGGCCAGUCGGAGCAACACACCCAACCAGAACAGACAGAGACUCUACAAAAUCAUAAAAGUAUUGCGGAACCUCAGUGAAGGUAUCUUCCCUCAGGAUGAAUAUCCAGAGGAGGUCUCCACAGAUGAAGAUGAUGAAAUGUUUGGUAGCAGAAAGAGGAUGAAGAGGAAAAGAGGCCUGGCAGAGGAGGAAGAAGGGGAGGGAGGUGGUGGCCCCACAGCCAAGAAAAGGAAAGGAGUGGAUGUGUGGAGAAAGAAGGGGCCCAGGAGUAAAAUUUGUUUUAUUAUUGCCUCCUGCAGGGGUCUGGAGGUGGGAUUUGUGGAUAUGUUUAAGUCUACAGUUGUGCGCAAACGUGGCAACUUUGACAGAGCAAUUGAUCUCCUCAGUUGGAAGCAGAGCAGCCCACAGUCUGUGCAGAGGGGCAGGCGAAGCAGCUGCAGUCACAGAAGGUGCCAGGGGGAGGAGGACCAGUUCCGCUGUGAAGGAUCAGAGGAGAAGGAUGAGGGCUGCAGAUGGCUGGCUUUCUGGAUAACUUCCGCUGGCCGGAGUGUGAAUGCAUCGACUGGGGGGAGAGGAGGAAUGCCGUAGCCUCUGUUGUUGCAGGGGUUUUGGUCAGUGGUCUAGGGAAAGAGUGUGUAUGUUUGUGACAGUCGGUGUUUGGUGCUACGCUUUACCUAUUGCACAGUGAAGUGUUUUUUUUUUUUUUUGUGUGUGUGUAACCGACUGACAGCUAUGAGCUCUCCCAGUCACUCAGUUGACAAGUCAUUUUAAAAAUUUUGAGUCAGGUACAGCCCCACUCUCAUUAUUCAUCCAUUCAUCUUCAUUGGGAGGACACUAAUGCUUCAGGUCUUUUCUUCACAAUACCCACAUAAACACAAGAUUGAUGCAUAAAGACAGGUACAGGCUAAAGCAACUUUUGGACUUUUUUUGAAUGAACCUGCCGGGUUUCGACAGGUACCAACCAGGUCGAAUUUGGGCUGACUUCAAACUCUGCACUGUGCAGAAAGAUUGGCUGCUGCCUCGCUACUCAAUUUACUCAUUGAAAUGCAUUGUGAACUUAAACCAUACUAAAGUAUCAAAGGACUGCUGCUCUCUUCGUUUAGCAACAUACUUUCCAUUUUCAGCAAUUAAAAAAAGUGUCUCCAUAUUUACUGGUGUUAGAUUUUUGGUUAUUAUUAUUAUUGGUUAUAGAUAUUAGCAGUUAAAUACAUCUCCAAAAGUCACAACACAGUAUUAUUGAUGGGAAGUUUCUGCAAAUUUGAAUCCUGAUGGAAACUUUUUUCAUUUCAAAUGCUUUAUUAUUCAUCACGAGCUUCUCUGACUACACAAUAUAUUUGGAGAAAUGUCUGUGUACCGUUUUCUUUUUAAUUCACAAGUUGAAGUCACCCCCAAGUGUCAACAUGCUUUGUGAAAUGGACCUUUUCCAGUAUUAGAGUUAACAUAAAAUUAUUUUCUUAAUAGGUUUG